UUUAUUCUCUCUGUGUCUCUCAGUGAGAAACUAAAUCUGAUACAUACUUUUUAAUACUGCAUAAUCUCCAGCAGGGACAUUCUCAAGAUGAAAGUGUUUAACUGGAAAAAGACAAACACCCACACCUUUAUGGCUCUGGCCUCAGUUGUGUAUGCCAUUAUUUUCGGUGGAGUGACCUGCCAUGAGAAUGCCAUUACACACACUAUCCUAAGCAACAGCACAGGAAGUAGUCUCAUGGGAAAUGUGCGUGGAGAUAAUAUUCUUACAACACCAGCAGCCUCAGGACUCAAGAAAACCCAAGGAUUUGUUUCUUUUCCUGAGAUAAAUGAUAUGUUUCCUACAAUGGAGUCCACUAAGUCCAACACAGGGAUAGUCUUAACUACUGUCAACCAUUUACAAACUAGCAACGUGGAGUGUGUGGAUGAAGCUGCUGUGAGAGAUAAAGGUGCAGUGAAGCUGAUGCUGGAGACCUUCUCUAGCUGUGAGGAAAACAAGGCAAAGAUUCAGAGCAUUCUGGAACAUCUGUGUGGUGACGACAGAAAGCUUGAAAUCUAUCAGAAGGACCACUCUAAAGAGAUGAUCAUAUCUGGAGAAUGUGUAGAAGGUGAUGUCAAAGGAAUGACCGACAAGUUUGACAAUGAUAAUAUCAAGCAUAAGGUUGGUGUUGUAGAGGCAGAGCCUGUCUUGGUGAAUCACUCUCCAACUGUCCUGAUCUCAGUCCUCAUUGCUGGUCUGCUGCUGGCUGCUCUGCUCAUUCUUGCAUAUAUCCUGAAAACCCGCCGAACAGAAGCCAAAGGAGCACGUCUGGCUGAAGAAUUGUUCCAGGUGGAUGAACAAAACCAAGGCAAUACUCUAUUGUCUGUAGCACCACUGCCCCCUCAAGAACCAGUAGAAAAGCCCACCACCAAUGGCGAGUCCUUAGAUUCACCUCCCACUAAUGGUCACUCAGCUUCUCAAACACCAGUUGCUGAUUCUGAGAUGUAAACACUGGCUCCAUCAGAUGUGACAAAGGAUGGAAGAAUAAGGCCCACCUCGAAUUUACACAAUCCUAACCCCCUGUUAAAGAGGUUCUGAAUGAAGGUAUCAGUAAUGAAGACCAUAUAGAAGAUAUGACGAUGAUAAAUGCAAGGCUAAAAUGUACGGUGAAUGAAGUUAUAAUGAAGUGAUAAUGAUGCCUCAAUUUCUACUGUGAAGACACUGAACACUGGUUAAACCAACCAUUUAUUGAGCCAAAGAGGAGCUCAGCAUCAAAUGCUACCAAUGCAAGUAUAGCAAAAAUGCUUUAACAAUGAAUCCUGGAGAAAAAAAACCUUUUCCCAUCACUACAUUCAAUGUUUCUUAUUACCUCUAUUGUGCAGCCAAUCCUAUACUGAAUUUUAAUGCUCUCUUACAUGCUUAUAUUAUUGAUGAAGGAUUUCUAAAUGUUUAAACAGAAUGAAACUUUUACUCAUUCAAUAAUGCUGUCUUGUAAGCUUUACAUGCCCAUGGAUUAAUCAGAUCUUUUAAACUAAAAAAAAAAAGAGUGAGAAAUUAUUUUUUAAAGCAUGUAAUGAUACAGUGCCAUUGAUGAAAGUGAACUCUUAGUAAAAAAAAAAAAAAGGGUUCGUCAAGGGAUAAAGGAUUAUCAAAUAAAUAAGGGUUAUUUGUUUACUGGAAGGUUCCUAAGUGGAACCCUGAAAUGGAAACACUUUUAUAUGGUUCUAUGUAAAACAUUUAAAGUUUUUUCCAAGCGGGACAAGUGAAGGGAAUUUUGAAUGUAUGAUAGGUUUCACAUUUGGCCUUAUCGAGACCUUUGGCCAAACAAAACUACACACUGACUCAAAAAGGUAUUGGUUCAUUGUCUUCUUCUUUUUGGUUAGCAAGCUUUAUUUGCAUAUAUUGUAAUGCAAAAUGAAAGGAUGCAAUUUCAGGAAGACAUUCGGGCACUAACUGAUGGUGGCAGUCCCUGAAAUGAAGACUAAUUCCUCAGCAGCUUUUUGCCAGAUGGCAUGAGUGAGAUAUAGUGAGGAAGAGGAUCAGCCAAUUCACCCCUUUUUACAUAUGAUAGUUCCUUUUCCUAGCCAUUUGUUAGUAUUAGGGGAUUUUCUAUAGUCAUAGCUUAAAGACGUUUCAUUUUACAAUAGAAAUGUACAAAUGUUUAAUUAUUUUUAGAGUAGAAUUUUGUUUUCAGAGCAAAUAAAUGCUUUACUUUAAACCAAGGGCUAUUGUGAAAGGCAGCCUUUAGCUGCCAAGCAGUCGGGUACUCUUUUUUUAAGCAAUGUAUUUUUGUACUUUACCUCUUUAUAUUGCCUUUGUGUAAUUGUUAUGAUUGCUGCAUUAUGCGUUAAACCUUAGCUAAGUGUCAUGGAACAAGUGAUUUUACAAGUAUGACCUCUUCCAUAUGUGUGCGAGUGUGUGUGCAUGCAGUACCAGCAACAAGCUCAUGAUAAUUCAGGUCAAAAGACCCACAUUCAAGACUAAAUAUUAUUUUAGUUGGUAUUUUGGCCACCAGACUGUCGAAGAGCCACAGCUGUGAUGUGAAGGACCCGGGAGAUUAGAACAGAGGCAGCUGUUCUCACUGAAAACUGUUACGGAUUGGCUCAGCUUUAUGUGUCCUAACACAAGCUAUGAAUAAUAAAUUUUCUGUUUGCA